UCUCUGGACAUGCUCUCGGUCCAAGCCAACACUGGACCAAAAUGGGAGAACAAGACAGAAAAAGCUUUCUGGAGGGGGCGGGACAGUCGUCGCGAGAGGCUAAACCUCGUCAAACUAUCCCGUAGACGUCCUGAGCUUCUUGAUGCUGCUCUAACCAAUUUCUUCUUCUUCAGGAAUGAGGAGGCAGAGUUUGGACCCAAGGUCAAACAUGUGUCCUUCUAUGACUUCUUCAAUUUCAAGUACCAGAUCAAUGUUGAUGGCACAGUAGCAGCAUACAGGCUCCCCUAUCUGCUUGCUGGAGAUAGUACCGUCUUUAAACACGACUCCAUCUACUAUGAGCACUUCUAUGCGGAGCUUGAACCCUGGGUCCACUACAUUCCUUUUAAGCAGGACCUCAGUGACUUAGAGGAGAGGAUUGAAUGGGCAAUGCAGAAUGAUGAGUCUGCAAGGACAAUAGCUGAGAAUGGGAAGAACUAUGUGCGAGAGAACCUUACAUCCAACAAUGUCUACUGUUAUUAUUUAAAAGUUUUAGAGGAAUAUGCAUCAAGGCAAGUUGGUGAACCCAGAAUCCAUGAAGGCAUGGAGCUUGUGGAGCAUCCAUCAGAAAAUAGUGGUUGUGACUGCCCCAAUCAAUCAACGAGACACACCGAAUUAUAAUAGGAUCUUAAGCUGAGAUUAAUCUUUGUAGUAGUGCCAUUGGUGCAUUGUUCCUGGAGCCACAGAGGAUAUGCCAUUCACUGGGGAGCAUUUUAUGAUAUGAUUUGUCAGUGAUUUUCGCUGACUAGUUUGCUCUCAGCCAAUCAGAUGCAAGGAUUUGAAAAUCACAAGACUCUGUUUUAUGAAAUAUCCCCUUUGUCAACGCCACAAAGAUAGAAGAGACAUCCAUUUGGGCGGUGCUUUACAGUGAAACCUGCUUUAGCCACCCUCUCUAUAGAAGGACCACCUGUCUAGAAUGACUUCCUAGUUUGAUUUCCAUUGAAAAGUAUACCUCAUUCAAACAUUUUUUUGCAGGAACCUGUUCAUGAAGCCUGUUUUUCUUGUUUCUCUUGGGUUGUUUCUAUAUACAGGUUUUGUGCUUACACAGUGCAUCCCACAAAAAACGUCCUAGAAUUAUUGAUGAUUUAUCGUAACUACAAGUAUAAAAGAAAAAUUACCCAUCAUUGUGAAGCUUAGAAUAUUUUAAGUGCUAUAAAUAAGAUGAUUCUUCAUCCUUGAGUGAGCAAAAUUAGUUUUCAGAAAGGAUACCAAAAAGUCACUUGGCAGGCGGUAUCUGAGUUUCAAAAAGAAAAUUACAUGUCUACAAAGUUCAAUAUCUGCUCUUUAAUUCGAUUCAUCAAUCACAGAAAUAGUCAAGAAAUAACAAAGUUCUGUUAGGCUUAUAUUUCCAUGAUUUUAUCAAAAAAAUGUGUUUUCACUUUCACGGAUUCCAUACCGUAGCUAUUGCAUGGUUAACAAUAAACUUGAUGCCUGGCUGAUCUUUAAACAAAAUGGAGUGUUCAGUAAGUGCGACAGCUAGCCUGGAAAAUGUCUUCAUUUUAUAAAAUUAUUGGGAUUCAAUCAUUUUCAAAUAAAUAGAACUUUGUUAUUUCUUGACCAUUUCAUGUAAUUGAGGUAUGAAAUUAAAGAGCAGAUAUUGAAAUUUUAGCAAUGGGAAUUUCUUCUUGUAAUUCAGAUACUGCCCGCCAAGUGACAUUUCGGUAUUCUUUAUUCAAAUUGUUUUUCUCACUCAUAUGUGAAAGAAGAGAUUUUGUACUUCAAAGUGAUAGGUCAUUUGUCUAUUAAGUUAUGAUAAAUCAUUGAUAAUUCUCGGUGUCCUUUUUUUCUGGGCCACACUGUACAGAAGCAUUAUCCAAGUUUCGGAGUACUUACUAUAUACAUGUAUAACUGUUUAGCUUUCAUUAACAAGAAGUUGGCUAGUUAUGGUUUGGUAGCCAUUACAGACAAGGUUAAUAGUAUACAGUGCGUAUAAAAAAAAAAGGGACAGUUUUGAAAAGUCUAUAAAAAAUUGUUUCAAAUUAUUAUUUCUAUAUUUUGAUGUUAAUAGAUGCUAUGAGAUCUUAUCUUUGAAAUGGCAUUUAAAAAAAAUAAAGUUUGUUCAUGCUUUAGCGAACACGGGAUGUUUUUGUCGGGGGUUCAAAAAAAGGCUUGCGCCAAAAUGGCAGAAAUGAGAAAUUUGAUGAUUAGACUUUUGGCUAAUCAGCAGACUUCCUCUUAAUCUUUUCAUUAUCUUUGCCAUAAUUUUUGAAUUAUGCUGUCAAAUUUCAUUUACAAAUUUAUUUAUCUACCUGAAUUAUUUUGUUUUUCAUUUAAACCUUUUUUACCUUUGAAUUUCCUUCAUAAGUAAGAAAAGAAGACUUUUUGUCAACCCAAGUAAGAAGAUUUGCAUUAUUAAUUGAGAGAAUUUGUAAUUAUUCAAAUCCUUUUAUUAUGUUAUGGUAACUAUAAAAUACAUGAAUCCUAUUUUCAAGGGGUUAUUGAAUCCUUCACCAAGUUUAAUUAUGUGCUUGACAGGACAAACAGGAAAGGAUUCAUGUCUUUCAAUGGCAAAGGUGUAUUGAGUCAAUUUUGAAGGAUCAAGAUAUGGCAGAUCGGGUAAAAUGUAUUUAAAAAGUUGUGAAGCGAGGAAGCAAAAAUUUCCACUUUUUUUAUUAAAAUAUAACAAUUUUGUGAUUUUGACAUAAUAUUCAGAAAAUGAUAUCAUAUUUCACUUUCUAUGUUUUCUGUUAUUUUCCUUUUCACUUUUUUUUUUCUUGGUCACAAUUUUUUUAUUUGGGGGGGGGGGGGGGG